UCAAAUUCAAAUAUUAUACUAUUAUUAUUUUUGCUGGUUUUGAAUAAAUAAAAUAACGCCAUGAGCAUCAUCACGCACCCAAUUUUGUUGAAUUCCGCUUUUGUCCCCACUCCUCCCAUUUCAGUUUCAGUUUCAGAUCCUCGCCGCGCUUCUCAACGGUUUCCUCCGCAUUUUCUCUGCUUCUCUUCUCUCUCAGCCUCACCCUCAGAUAUGGAUGCUAAUGUGAGCCAAGGUCUUUACCCGCUGCACCGUUCUAAAACUCUUCACCUGGUUAGACAUGCCCAAGGGUUUCACAAUGUAGCAGGAGAAAAGGACCCAGAGGCAUACUUGUCUUAUGAUUAUUUGGAUGCAAGCCUAACCCCUCUGGGCUGGAAUCAGGUUGAUAAUCUGCGAGAGCAUGUUAAGUCAAGUGGUCUAUCCAAAGGAAUCGAACUAGUGAUUACUUCACCCUUGACAAGGACCAUGCAAACAGCAGUAGGAGUCUUUGGUGGUGAAGCAUCCACUGAUGGGAUUGACUCCCCUCCUCUGAUGAUUGACAAUGCGGGGGAUAGUGCUCGUCCUGCAAUUUCUAGUUUGAAUUCACCACCAUUUUUAGCAGUAGAGCUUUGCCGAGAGCAUUUGGGGGUGCAUCCUUGUGAUAAGAGAAGAAGCAUCACAGAAUAUCGUAAUAUAUUUCCAGCAAUUGAUUUUUCACUGAUAGAAAUUGAUGAGGACAUUUUGUGGAAACCUGACGUUAGAGAAAAGAAUGAAGAAGUUGCUGCCAGGGGACUGAGAUUUUUGGAAUGGUUGUGGACACGUAAAGAAAAGGAGAUUGCUGUUGUUUCCCACAGUGGUUUUCUUUUUCAUGCCCUCAGUGCUUUUGGAAACGAUUGUCAUCCAACUGUGAAGAAUGAAAUCUGCACACACUUUGCUAAUUGUGAGCUGCGUUCAAUGGUUAUCGUUGAUAGAGGUCUGAUUGGAUCAGAUGAUCCCUCUUCCAAUUAUCCUGGCAAAAUUCCACAUGGCCUUGACCUGCCUAGUGAUAUUGCUGACGAGAAACUUGCGGCGAAUGGCCCUGCAAAUUAACUGAUAACUGGCAAACUGUUAUUACAUGAUGGGUUUUUCUUCAGUUAUAUGAUUUCAUAAUUUGCAUUAUAGGCUUUCCCAAUGCUAAACAUCGAUCUAGGUGUCCACUUUUUAAGAUGGAUGACCACAAUGAUUACUCUAUUUGAGCAUUCAUUAAUGGCUUUCAAUUUCAUGUAUGAACAAUGGACAUUAUGCUCUUUUUCAUUUAAUGGUUAACGCCUUCUCAUAGUAA